AUGUCGAUGCGCCGCCGGCAACAGCAACAAUACCAGCAGCAGCCACACCACCAGCAAAUCCAACAUAAUCAGCAGCAGCAGUAUCGCCAAAUGUCGACUGGCGGCAAUGAUGACACCGAAGUUGCCCCAACGGACUAUUGCGUGACCAGUUCGCAUUAUUGUCGUGUGCUAAAUCCGGGCACGCCAAACUUUAACCGCAAAUAUUGA